CCGUCAAAUCCGCGAGCAAGUGGAUGCACAAACCGACAGCCACGGUGGCUUGGGACGGCAAUGCCCAUCGGUGAAUGGAUGCUAUUCUUGUCCUUUUAGAAAAUGCGAUUGGAAGGGGGGUCGGGCAACUGUUGGAACUGGGACGAAACUGGGAGCGGACCCUCCAGGGGACUGACGAUCCCCAAAUCUCAGUUCCUGGAGGGUUUUGUGUACCCAUCAUUUGCCGCAUCUGCCGAUUGUUAUAAAUGGCUCAUCUUUCGUCGUUACCUAGCGCUGAUCUUUUGUGAUCUACUCUCUUUUCAAACAUACAAAUACCCCAUAUUACCCCGGGUCGAAUCACAGUUAUCACCAGCGUCUCUUAUCCUUAUCCUUAUCCUUAUCUCGCCUAACCACUUCCCACUCACCACCUCUACUAUACAACUCUCGCCCUCAGCGAUAAAGUUACCAACCACAUUAUCCCUUCAACCAGACCACUAAAAAUCGUCACCAUGCAACUCCAGACCCUCCUCUUGACCACCGCCCUCUUCAGCGCCUCCGCCCUCGCUGCCCCCCAGCCCCAGGGCGACAUCGUCGGCAGCAUCGUGUCGGAUGCCGAGGGCAUCGCGCAGACCGUCGCCUCGGGGGCCGAGAACGCGGCGACCAACAUCGUGUCGGCGGCCACCUCGAUCGCCAGCGCGGCCGAGACGGGCGGUGCGGCGGCCGCCUCGGACGCGCGAUCGUGGGGUGAAUCGGUGGCCUCCAACGCCGAGUCCUACGGGCAGUCGGUGGCCUCGGACGCGCGGUCCCGGGCUUCUGAUGUCGCCUCCAAGGCCUCCUCCCGCUGGGACGACCUGACCACCCUCACCGGCACCAACGGCGAGGCCACCGCCACUUCGACCGUCUCCGGCGGGAACACCGCGACGGUGACCACGGCGACCGCCACCACCACCGGUACCACCUCUACGACCGGUACCUCGACCGGCAGGAGCUCGAGCUCGAGCAGCAGCAGCAGCAAUACCGCCUCGAGCUCCAGCUCCGAGGGCGCAGGUGUCCAGGCUACUCCCGCUGCCGUGCUGGGCUAUGGAAUCGCCGGUGUGGCGGGUGUCUUGGGUGUGAUGGCUGCUUUGUAAGGGGUGGAGUUGGCUUGAACCACUGAUUCAUUUUCGGUUUAUUUUCAAGAGAUCACGAUGGAUCUAAGACACCCUUUCUUUUUUUCGGGUGGACUGUACAUGACACUAUUCAACAUACCAUUGUUCAUAACUAUAUCCCUGUUUUUUUUUUUUUUUUUUGCAUUUUCCUUUUUCGUUUGCAUGUUUCAUACAUAGCAUGCAGUCCAUAGAACGAUGCUUUCCUUUCUGUUCUUAUUCCUCUGAGAUUACCGGAUAAGCCGUAAGUUAGCGGCUGUAUACCUCCCUCGUUCGAUUCCACCUAGUACGAGCACCAGAACCCCUGCGCUUGA